AUGGCAAUGGCAGCUCACAGGGGGGCGGACAUCAUUGUGUUUCCAGAGGACGGUGUGUACGGUAUGGGAUUUUCUUGGGAAGGUAUAACAUCCUACAUGGAAUACAUUCCAGAUCCCGGAGAGGUCACGUGGGACGCAUGCGCAGACCCUUUCCGAUAUCCGAAUACAGAGGUUCAGCAUUUUCUUAGCUGUCUCGCCAAGAAUAACACAAUAUAUCUCGUGGCUAACAUUGGGGAUCUACAGCCUUGUGACAACCGUACUGACACGCGCUGCCCGAAAGUCGGUCAUUAUCAGUUUAAUACUGACGUGGUUUAUAACCCGCAAGGACAGCUAGUGGCUAAGUAUCACAAAGUGAAUCUAUUCUAUGAGUCACAAUUCAGUUUUCCCGCCAAAAAAACUCCUGUCAUUUUUGAAACUCCGUUCGGAACCUUCACAGUUUUCACUUGUUUCGAUAUUCUCUUUUAUGACCCAGCUAUGGCUGCCAUAGAACUCAACAGAGUUGGUAACGUAAUAUUCCCAACUGCAUGGAUGGAUGCUCUCCCUUUGUUGUCGUCCAUACAGUUCCACUCUGCCUUCGCGGCGGGACUUGGCAUCAACUUGCUUUCAGCCAAUAUCAAUUUUCCUUCGUACAAUUUUCACGGAAGUGGAAUUUACACACCAGAUGGCGCUUCGACGUUUUACUACAGUGGUGCAUCUAAUGUCGGGAAAUUGAUGAUUUCCGACAUUCCAAUCAUCUUUAAACCGACGUUAAGAAACUCGAACGUAACGUUCGACGUAGCAUUUCCAAGUCCAGCGUUCACGGCGGAUGUUUUUCACGACCCUUUUCAUUUUGUGCCUUUACUGGGUGAUUCGGGGAUGGUAGGGGUGUGUCACAACGGGCUGUGCUGUAGAGCCAACUACUCCCUCCGUACAACCUCUCAUGACGUCAUAGCUUUAGGGGCCUUUCGUGGUCUCCACACAUACGAAGGGGAAUAUGACAUAGAAGUAUGUGUCAUUCUUAAAUGCAAAUCAAGUAACUACUCGAGCUGUGGAGAAGCGACCAAGGAAUCGGACAUUUUUCUGACCUUUUUAAAGAUUGAAGGCAAUUUCUCUGUUCCAUAUAUUUUCCCGGAAAUACUAUUGUCGAACAACGGAAGUCUUCAUCUGGGUCCAGUGGGCUCUUGGAAUUACGUUGCGGGUACACUAGAAAGUAAACACGGAUUUGAUUUCCCUGUUUUGUCAACCGGGAUGUUUGCGCGUGUGUAUGGAUCUGAUGUGGCGUUCGUCUGCCCAUGCGCAGUAUUAGUAAUGGUGACGUGUAUUGUAACGAUCAUGUUGACAUCGGUUUGAAAGUGAUUCACAAAAAAAAAAAAAAAAAACAACAACAACAAAAA